UUCUGCCUGCCUAGACACGACAGACAGUACAGUAUUUUCGUAAUAUAGUUAAAAAUAUGUAGUUUUAACUAUUUAUUCAAAUUAAAUUAACAUUAAUUUUAAGAUUGUAUUAUCGACAAAAAUAUUAACAAAAAGAAAAUUGUGUCUACAUGUUGGUGAAAUUUUGAAUAAAAAAUGUUCAGUAACGAGGCUUGUAUAACUCCAACGACGGGUGCAGGCCCAAGUACAUUCUUGUCUGCUAUUGAGUUUUUCUUGGCUGCACAAUGUAUGGUACAAACUAAGGAUUGGCCUGUUGGGGCUGAACUUCAAGACUCUGAAGAGUAUGAUUUCGUAAUCGUGGGUGGUGGAACAGCAGGUAGCGUGCUAGCCAACAGACUGACUGAAGUUGAUGAUUGGAGUGUACUACUUAUGGAAGCUGGAGGAAACCCACCCAUAGAAUCUGAGGUUCCAGGUUUAUCUACCAAUCUAUAUGGAUCGGAGUUUGACUGGAAAUAUGCGACUGUGAAUAAUGGAAUAACGAACCAGGCAUACAAGGGAGGAAAAGUACAAUGGCCGAGAGGUAAAAUGCUUGGAGGCAGCAGCGCUAUGAACGUGAUGGCUUACGUACAAGGAAACCCUCAUGAUUACCAGACUUGGUACGACGAAGGCAACACCGAAUGGCAUCCAGAUAUUGUCAGAAAAUACACCAAAAAGUCCGAAAGUUUACAAGACCUUGUACUCUUGAGAAAUCGCGUAGUUAAGAACCAUUACGGUUGUUGUGGACCCGUAACUGUAAAUACUUUUAACGUAACAAAUACCACUGUGUAUGACGGCUUACUCUCUGCAUUAGACGAAAUCGGUAUGAAAAAUGUAGCUGAUUUAAAUACAGUUGGUAAUUUAGGUUCUGGACGCUUUAGAUCUACAGCUAGUAACGGAAAAAGAGUUAGUACGGCAACAGCCUAUCUAAAUCCUAUAGCAGGGACCAGAAACAACUUAAAGGUAGUUAAGAAAACUUUUGCAACGAAAAUUUUGUUUCAUGGUAAAAAAGCUUGGGGUGUUCGAGUAGAUCACAAUGGCACAGAGUUGACGGUAAAAGCAAAGCGUGAAAUUAUUAUCAGCGCUGGUUCUAUAAAUACACCCCAACUGCUAAUGUUAUCUGGCAUAGGACCCAAGAAACAUCUUGUAGAUAAAAACAUUGAAGUUAUACUUGAUUCUCCAAUGGUUGGCCAGAACUUACAUGAUCAUACUUCUGUAAUUAUUCCAGUGUUUGCUGAUGAGCCUGAAAAAAAUGAUGACGCCACAAAAUAUUUUGAAACUAUAAGAUACCUGUAUGAUCGUCAAGGUUAUUUGGGAAGGCAUGUCUAUGGUGACAUUACUGCAUUUUACUCUGAGAAACGCAAUGCUUCUUAUCCUGACUUCCAAGCGCUUGUCUUAGUUAACAAGAAGAAUGAUGAAAGUAUAAAAUCCUUUGCUUCAGAAUUUGUUGAAUCAGUAGAAAAAUCAAUAUUAAAGCAAAGUCAAAAUAAAGCAUUAAUUCAGCUUAGGGCUACUGUACUGCAUCCAUUUACGAGAGGAAACAUUUCACUGAAAUCAAAUAAUCCAAAAGAUCAUCCUCUCAUAUAUUAUAACAACUAUGAUGAUUCUAGGGAUUUAGAUCUUGCUGCAACUAGCAUAGAAAUGUUAGUGAAGAUUGUAAAUACGACUUUCUUCAAAUCAAUUAAUGCAGUAUUAGGUAGAGUUGACAUAGAUGCUUGCAAUGAUUAUGAGUUUGGAUGUACCGAUUACUGGAAGUGUAUCGCUAUCAAUUUUGCUACUACUGUUUACCAUCCAGUGUCCACGGCAAAGAUGGGUCGUGAUAUAAGUAGUUCUGUGGUUGACAGUCGUCUGAAGGUGCAUGGUAUCUGUGGGCUCCGCGUUGUGGAUGCUAGUGUAAUACCAUCUAUAAUUAGUGGAAACAUUCAAUCUCCUACAAUAAUGAUCGCUGAAAGAGCAGCUGAUUUAAUAAAAGAGGAUUAUAAUAAGACAAGGCGAGUACACGAUGUUUGAAGUGCAAAUCCUCUUCAAAUAAAAGCCACUCUAGCUUCAUUUUGGAUGGUAAAAUUGUGAAUAAAUAGCAUGAAGAGUUUAAUUUUGUUUUCCGGAUUAAUUUAUAAAGUACUUGUAAUAUACGUUACACAAUAUAUUUCAUGUAAGUAAUUAAAAUCAUUUAAUAUUUUAGCAAUUAAUUUGGUUCGUAAUUUUGUAUAAAGCAUUAAAUAAAAUAACAGUUCGGAUUUUGCUAGUAGUAUUGGUUAAAAUAUCUCGCAUUCCGAACCCCGAGAGACCACCCAAACGGUUCGCUAAAAAUAUAUCCAACUACAAACUAAAAUAACUUAACCGUUCAUUUAGAACUGGCGAAAACCGGAACUAUAAAACAGAAUUAUCAAGCGAAAAACAAUACCGUUGUUCCUAUGGAAUUUGACACGACAGUUUUUCGAGGUCUCAUUUUUAAUUACUUCCGUCAUUUCGUCACAGGAGUCGCGGCGUGGCUUCGGCAAAAUAAACAAUGUUAGUACAUUUGCUUCGCGUAUAUACAGAUCCCACCCAAAACAAAAAUGUGAAAGACUGCCAAGUUCGAUAAUAUGGGAAUGCUUCGCCUAUAAAAGAAGUGAGAUCUGAAUAA